AUGAUCAUCACAUACGACUCCCUUGAUCAACAGGCGGAUAAAGAUUUUCUGAGUCGUAAGGUGACGGAACUCAGCUGUAUCCGUAGUCCGCCUUUCGACUACGGCGAUAUCAAAAAAAGGGUGGCAAAGGUGGACGGGGACAUGAACUACCGGAGAUACAAUCACUUCGUCCCGUUCCAACGCAUUUGGCUAGCUAUCCACGACUGGAUCAGCAAGAGCCAACCCACUCGUCAGGAGUUGUUGAAGGACUUAUUGAAAGUCACAAACCAGCUAAAAAUUGAAGAAGACGAAUUCCUGAAGAAAUACGCCACCGAUGCAUCCGUUCGACGCCAAUACGACAUGAUGCUCGAAUGGGCCAUCAACGCUAUCUGCAAUUAUUGGAAGAAUUACUUCAAGGGCAAAGGCACCGGUGACAAGCAAGGUACCGCACUUGACACGCCAAAGGACCCAAAGCAGCUCACAAGAGUUCGAGAGGCAGCGGCGGAGUUGCGCAACGCGCUGAGUGGUAUAGACGUGAUCCUACCAAUGGACGACGUAUUUUCACUCAAAGAACCGGGCUUUGCGAAACUGACCGCCGAGUGGGAAGACGAAAGUGAAGAAACUGAAUGA